AUGGCUGCUCUCAGAAGUACAAAGGGACUCGUUGCUCUAGUCACUGGAGGUGCCUCUGGUCUUGGUAAGGGAACUGCCGAAGUUUUGGCUAAAGCAGGAGCUAGAGUUGCUAUUCUCGAUCUUCCUCAAUCAAAAGGAGCUGAAGUUGCCAAAGAAAUAGGAGCCAUCUUUACUCCAGCUUCAGUCACCAACGAAGACGAAAUUAAGGCAGCUUUCGCAAAAGUGCAAUCGGAAUAUGGACGCCUCGAUGCUCUCGUCAAUUGUGCAGGAAUCGCCUACGCUUUCAAGCUCUACUCCGUUCAGAAGAAGAAGCAUGUUGAUUUCGAGAAAAUUCGUCAGACUAUGGAUGUUAACGUGUUGGGAACUUUCAAUGUCAUUCGUCACGGAGUUGCUCUGAUGGGUGAACACGAAAAAGAUGCAAAUGGACAACGAGGAGUUGUUAUCAAUACGGCCUCUGUUGCAGCAUUUGAUGGACAGACCGGUCAGUCAGCUUAUUCGGCUUCAAAAGGAGCUAUUGUGGGAAUGACGCUUCCAUUGGCUCGUGACUUUGCCGGAGACGGUAUCAGAUUCAACACGAUUGCUCCAGGACUCAUGGACACUCCACUUCUUUCCUCGCUUCCCGAAAAGGUGAAGACAUUCCUAGCUCAACUCAUUCCAAAUCCAUCCCGUCUCGGACAUCCACACGAGUACGGAGCUCUGGUCCAACAUAUUAUUGAAAACCAGUAUUUGAACGGAGAGACAAUCCGAUUCGACGGUGCACUUCGUAUGCCAGCAUAA